UUAACCCGGGGGGGGGGGAGGAGGAGGCUCCCCCGGCCCCUUGCAAAGCCGGCAAGCGCAGCAGCUGCAGCCUUUGUCUCUCUGCCCGGCGCCCGGCAGGCUAGAGGGAAGGAGCCCCGGGCGCGCAGCGGAGCCAUGCAAGAGCCGGGGGCGAACUGCAGCGAGAGCCGGCGGCUGCAGCUCCUCCUGGACCGGCUGUGGCAGGAGCUGCGCGGCGAGGGCGGCGGGGGUCCCGGCCCCAGCGCUUCUCCCAGGCCCUCCGCGCGCCCGCCGGGCGAGGACGACGCCUACCUGUACAUCCUGCUGAUCAUGAUCUUCUACGGCUGUCUGGCCGGCGGGCUGAUCCUGGCUUACACGCGCUCGCGCAAGUUGGAGUCCAAGCACGACCCCUACCACCUCUACAUCGAGAGCGACUGGGCGGCGGGGAAGGGGGUCCCCGCCAGCCCGGGCGAGCGCAGCAGCAGCGGGGAGAGCGAGCCUCUGUGAGAUGGGG